GGGAACGUUUCUUCUCAGCAGCUAGCUAGCCAAAAUAUUCACUUUAUAGUCUAUGAUAAAAAAAGAACAGUAUAAGUCUGAAGACAGCUCACAAGUUUACUCAGUGUAUGCUAUUGUUGGAUUCGUUUUCGCAUCCAAAAGCUAAAGUUUAUCCUCGGGUCAAUAGCGACCGGACAGUUUUGUGGCGAUGGCGGCAGUCACCAGGAAAUUCACCAUGACCCAGAAGUUCCACCGCCGACGGUCCCGUCGCCAGCCCUAUCCGGUGAGAACCAUCACGACCCGGAGUCAGGGCAUGGCCAGUGGCUGCUUCUUCGAGAGGCUGCCUGCAGAGGUCUUUGACAUGGUCCUGGACAGACUCUCUGUGCUUGAGAUCAGUGUAUUCAGCAUGGUGUCCAAGGCCAUCAGUCGCUACAUUGUGAAUCACAUCUCUACUCAGACCUGGAGGAACAGAAUGAUCCUACAAAAGCUCCGGCACUGCUCCUCUCCCUCCUCUCCUCCCAAAGAGGACCCCGCCACCCUGGGACACUACAAAGCACUGGGGUUGUUGUUCAAGAGGUGUACCCUGUUGCUACCUACAAAGGACAGGUUGAAAUUUAUAUAUAGCAAGUUCUCCCAGGUCCCGUGCUUCAUGAUGGAGCAGUGCACUGCCUCAACAGGCUGCCCUUUCUUCUCCAGCUACGGAGUUUUCUUGCAGACGUUGAUUGCGGGCUGGGAUGAGCUGGAGUGUCAGCGGGUCUUCAACUUCCUGUGCGACUUCACAAACCUUCCCCGGAAGAUCGAGUUGGUCGUCACUGGAAAGCCAGGAGCAUGUCAGCGGUUGGAGCUGCAGAUCCGUGGGUUCUGUCGUCAGGUUCUGUUGGAGCCGUGGAGCAGCCGAAGAGACACUCUGUUCUGGCUCACCAGGAUCCUCCAGUCAUGGCCCAUGGUCUCACAGGCCAGGCUACUGUUCAUACUCUAUGGACCACGGCUGCCUGACGGUUCUCUGGGCUGGCAGGAGCAGCUGGGUGCAGGAGUAGCCCAGUGUUCUCUGUGGGACUUGGCGAAGGCUGUGAUCCUGCUCCACAGUGACCUAGAGGCAAGAGACUGGACCACUGACACCGUACUGGCCAUACUGGAGGAACUCACAGUGCUCCCCCAGGCGUGGCAUGUAGAGAGCGUGGCCAGGCUGUUGAUCCUGUGUGGGAACAGUCUGUGUUACAGUAUUCUGGCUAGCAAGGCUCUCAACGGACGCCUCUUUGAGAUCUCACGACUCCUCGUCUACCUCAUACUGGUGUGUGAGAAGGACGGCUACUGUAUGAACUGGUCGGUGAGGAUGGUGCAGCAGGUGUGCCAGGUGUUCUUGUCGCCGUCAGACAGGUGGUCAUUCAUCCAGAGCGUUGAGAACAUGUUCUCAGAGGUUACCAUGGAGAUGUACGAGGUUGUCAUGGCAGGUAACCGUCAUGAGGACAUGGAGACCUUCCAGAGCCUCCUGAAUGCCAGCGCUCACUUCCACACUGAGAUAGUUUACAUGUUCCUCAAGAAGGGUUGAGGACAGAGAAAGGAAUGUGAGGGGCUGAAGAGAUAAAGGGGUGAGGGGAUAAGAGAUAGAAGAAAGGAGAGAGUAGGGACACUGUCAGGGAAAUGAUGAUCUGAAGGUUUGUGUUUGAGCAGAUAGAGGGAUAUAAAAGGAGUGAAGGUAGCCCAAGACGAUAGGGAAAAUGAAGGGUUUCUUCUCCCUUUGUCAACAGUAUUCACAUCAUUACACUUUUAUACUUUUGUUAUACAGCUUAUUUAUACUUUCGUAAAUUAACUGCUUUAAAAUAUUGGUAUCCUGUAAAGGGAGUAUUUAAUUAUAUUUAUAGAUUUAUUAACAAGUUUGCAACUAUUUAUUAGCAUUUCAUAAAGGUGUUCAACUUGUACAGUAUAACGGUUAUGAUGCAUUGAUUGUACUUGAUGCUUCUGUGUUGAUGGAAGCUGAAACUCAUCUGUUUUUGCAUAAAUUAUUAAUAUGGACUUUGGGGUCUACAGUGUUGAUUCACUAUUAUCUCCUCUCACUAUGUGAGAUCAAUGAACAUAAAGAUCCAGCAAAUAGAAAGAUAAAUUGUCACCCCCUUUGAUGAAAAGGAAGAGACUACAAAUCAAGAAAAUACCAAGCCGUUUGUUUUCAUUAAAACAUCCCAAUAUAUAGGUAUAUAUUUAGCACUGACUGGUGUAAUAAACUCAGCAACAACAUUCGUAAAAAUCCAAAAAACUUCACAGAUCUUCAUUGUAAAGGGUUUAAACACUGUUUUCCGUGCUUGUUCAAUGACACAUGAACAAUUAAUGAACAUGCACCUGUGGAAAGGUCGUUAAGACUAACAGCUUACAGACGGUAGGCAAUUAAGGUCACAGUUAUGAAAACUUAGGACACUAAAGAGACCUUUCGACUGACUCCGAAAAACACCAAAAGAAAGAUGCCCAGGGUCCCUGCUCAUCUGCGUGAACGUGUCUUUAGGCAUGCUGCAAGGAGGCAUGAGGUCUGCAGAUGUGGCCAGGGCAAUAAAUUGCCAUGUCUGUACUGUGAGACGCCUAAGACAGCGCUACAGGGAGGCAGGACGGACAGCUGAUUAUCCUCGCAGUGAUAGACCACGUGUAACAACACUUGCACAGGAUCGGUACAUCCGAACAUCACAGCUGCAGGACAGGUACAGGAUGGCAACAACUGCCUAAGUUACACCAAGAACGCACAUUCCCUCCAUCAGUGCUCAGACUGUCCGCAAUAGGCUGAGAGGCUGGACUAAGGAAGGUCCUCACCAGACAUCACCGGCAACAACGUCACCUAUGGGCACAAACCCACCGUCGCUGGACCAGACAGGACUGGCAAAAAGUGCUCUUCACUGACGAGUCACGGUUUUGUCUCACCAGGGGUGAUGGUCGGAUUCACGUUUAUCGUCGGAAGUAAUGAGCGUUACACUGGUGCCUGUACUCUCCAGUGGGAUUGAUUUGGAGGUGGAGGGUCCGUCAUGGUCUGGGGCGGUGUGUCACAGCAUCAUCGGACUGAGCUUGUUGUCAUUGCAGGCAAUCUCAACACUGCGUUACAAGGAAGACAUUCUCCUCCCUCAUGUGGUAUCCUUCCUGCAGGCUCAUCCUGACAUGACCGUCCAGCAUGAGAAUGCUGAUUGUCUGCAAGACAGGAAUGUCAGUGUUCUGCCAUGGCCAGCGAAGAGCCCGGAUCUCAAUCCCAUUGAGCGUGUCUGGGACCUGUUGGAUCGGAGGGUGAGGGCUAAUGCCAUUCCCCCCAGAAAUGUCCGGGAACUUGCAGGUGCCUUGGUGGAAGAGUGGGGUAACAUCUCACAGCAAUAACUGCCAAAUGUGGUGCAGUCCAUGAGGAGGAGAUGCACUGCACUAUUUAAUGCAUCUGGUGGCUACACCAGAUACUGACUGUUACUUUU